GUACUCCUGCACAUGGACUGAAGUACAUAAAUUAUGGGCGGAGGUUGUUAACGAUGGGGCCCACACUUUACCAAUAAAAGGGACCUGAAAAUAAAUAAUCAGCACUAUAUAUUUUUUUUCCUUCAUAUCAUUUUAGCCCCUUCACUCUGUUAAAUUUCCCUCAAAAUUCGAGUGGAUAAAACCGAAAAACUCUCUCUCUCACGCACAAAACACACACAAACACAAAAUCGCGGCCGAGUUGAGCCGACUUGAGCUGAACAGCUGUUAAUCCGGCGGCACCGGACGAUGUCGUUUUGAGCGCUUUAACUGUAAACCCGCGCCAUGAGCUUGAGUUUCGGCUCAGACUCUUCCGUUUAUUCGCCGGACGCCGUGGAGUGGAGGUUUUCCCAAGCGUUUGGCGAUAAGCUCCCCGGAGAAAGUAUACAGGACGCUGAUCUUAUUACGGCGCUUGAGUUCGAUAAGAAUGGAGAUCACCUGGCUGUGGGCGAUCGAGGAGGUCGCGUUGUCAUCUUUAAGCGGGAUGGUGGUAAAGAUGACGUAGACGAACUCACUUCACGGCAUGAAUUAGAGAAACUCGAUGGUGCUCUGCUAAAACAUCCUACAUAUCAGUACAAGACAGAAUUUCAGAGUCAUGAACCCGAUUUUGAUUCUUUGAGGAGCAUUGAGAUUGAAGAAAAGAUCAAUAAAAUCAGGUGGUGCGUGUCAUCAAAUGGAUCGUUGAGUCUUCUUUCAACAAAUGAUAAGACUAUCAAGUUAUGGAGGGUCAAGGACCAUGAAGCUAAGCAAGUCACAGAAAUGGAAAUCGGUCAAUCUGUAUCAUCAGAGAAUUCACUGUUGGCCGAAAAGAGUUUUAUCAAUGGGCAAACGACGAAUGCUUCUAACAGCAAUUCUUUAGAAUUGACGGAAAACUUGUUGAAUGGUGUAUCAUAUAAUGGAGGGAAUAAAAAGAUAGCAUAUUUAGAGGAUGCUACUCGAGCAAGAUGUCGAAGGGUGUAUGCACAUGCUCAUGAUUUCAAUGUCAACUCUAUCUCAGUUAAUAGUGAUUGGGAGACAUUUCUUUCCGGAGAUGACCUAAGAAUAAAUUUGUGGAAUCUUGAAGUUAGCAACCAGUGUUUCAAUAUAAUCGACCUGAAGCCUACAAACAUGGAAGAUCUCAUAGAGGUGAUCACAGCAGCAGAAUUCCACCCAUUUCACUGUAAUUUACUGGCUUACAGCAGUUCAAGGGGAUAUGUUCGGCUUGUAGACAUGAGACAAUCAGCUCUAUGUGAUCAUAAUGCGAGAAUAUUCAAAGAUGAGGACUCCCAGCCGAAAUCAUUCUUCACCGAGAUUAUUGCAUCAAUAACUGAUAUGAAGUUUGCAAAUGAUGGAAGGCAUAUAUUGAGCCGUGAUUAUAUGAAUCUGAAGCUCUGGGAUAUGAACAUGGAUGCCGGUCCAGUUGCAACAUUUAGGGUUCACGACAAUCUUCGGCCUAAACUGUGUGAUCUGUACAACAAUGAUGCAAUAUUCGAUAAGUUCGAAUGCUGCCUUGCUAAAGACCGGCUUAGUUUCGCUACCGGGUCUUACAGGUUAGUCUUGUUACUGAAAAACUGUUGGCAGCAAUNUUUUUUUAUUUAUAAUUUUGAUAAUAGGAAACCGCAAAUCCAGACGACAUCAAGACCUCGUCGAUCAUCCUUGAGCAACUUGGCUAGAGGAUUUUACCGACCAGGCCAUGAUUCCAAUAAUUUGGGAAGUACCGAUUUUUCGUAUGACUUCAAUUCUAAGUUACUCAACCUGGCUUGGCACCCGACGACCGAUUUGAUUGCCUGUGCCACGGGAGGCACAUUAUUUAUGUAUCAUGCUUAA